AGAUGGAGAUAUGUCGUAUUCUUCUUCUUCUCUCCUCUCUAGUUCUCGUGAUAAACUCUACUCUACAGUCAGAAGAUGCUUUCCAAUUCUGGAAUAGCUUAAGAAAUUCUCCUGAUUCUCUGGAAUUUCCAGAAUAUCCGGGGUUUCCAGGUUUUCCAGUUUCUUCGGGUCCUGAGAUCUCAAGGUUUAGCAGAAGAUCUGCAGAAGAAGCAAAGAAAACUCCUUCAAAUGUCGUCUUGGCUUGGAAAAUGGAUUACUUUAACCCAAUGUUACGCGGGAAACGAACUCAGCAGCUUGAGCAGCUGUAUACUUCCCCCCAGCUUAUACCAGAUCCGUCACCCUCUGACGUCUACAGAUUAAAACCCGCUCAUCUACAUUUCCUCAAUUCUAUGCAGGAAUAAGAAGGUACCCUAGUAUGGAAUCCCAUGCACUGCUUGGCAUCUGGAAACCUUAAUAUGUCAACAUCUAACUUGAGAAACCCGGAAACCAAUACACCAGAAAACCUUGAAACCUGACUCCUGAGACUUAAAAGACUAAACCUUUGACUCCUGAUCGACCAAAAAUAAGAUUUGAUGUUUAGAAAAUAAUUGUUUAAACGCUUGUUGUUUUAUGAUUGUGUUAAACAAAGAGGGGAAUAUGAAAUAUAUCAAUGUAAAAUGCAAACUGCUUGUUAUAAA